GAUGUUGUGAAUGCAAAAGGAACUACUCUGAAUUCAUCUGAAGUAGAGCACGUUAAUGAGCACGAACAACGUGAAUUAUCGACAGAUGAAGGAGCGGCAGCGCCUAGCAGCCAUACCCGGAUUAUUGCAUUGCAUUUGAUGCCCAACGUUGCUUACAGUGAUGUUGUGAAUGUGAAAGGAACUACUCUGAAUUCAUCUGAAGUAGAGCACGUUAAUGAGCACGAACAACGCGAAUUGUCGACAGAUGAAGGAGCGGCAGCGCCUAGCAGCCAUUCCCGGAUUAUUGCAUUGCAUUUGAUGCCCAACGUUGCUUACAAUUUCGAAGAUGCGAAGAGGCGGAUUAUGCCACUUUUUGAGCGUCCCUACAACACCAAGGAAGAAAACGAUUUACGACUUGCGUUGCGUUUGGAUUUGAAAGCCACAAAUAUGAACCAGUCUGUACUCUAUCUCGGUACGGCAGUUUUUCCUUUUUUCUGGGGAGAUCAAGGCUUCUAUAACACUCCUCCCUUUACAAUCAAGGCAUUCACUAUUCAUGUAACUAAAUAA